CUUUCAUCCAUUAUAUUAUAUAUAUGACAUUCGACAUUCAAAUGACAGUAGGAUCAAAUCUUUGUGCGUCGUAAUUUAUACGUCAAAAACAUAAGAUACACGGAAAAUUACAUUGGCUGGGAAAUCUAAUCCCCAUUGGAAAAUCUUUAUGAAGAAUUUGCUUCGAUGUUUUAUCAAGCGGACAUAUUCAAUCAAUGCAGUUGCUUUAUUAGUCGCUGUAAGUCUGCUUGGUGAUCAUUUAGUUUCUAGAAUCCAUCAAAAGCAUGCAGUCAAGGCUAUCUGCGAUAACUCUACUCACUUUUUAAUCGGAGGUAUCUCAUGGUUAAUCGUAUGCAUUAAUACUUCCUUUUUACAAAAUCACACUCAAUGUUUAUUGGAAAUUCUCUUAUGCGCCUUUAUCGCAGCCGUUAUUGAUGUAGAUCAUUUUAUAAGUGCCAAGUCUUUGAGUCUAAAGGAAGCUACAAUUCUCAAAGGAAGACCAUUUCUACACUCCUCAACUGUUCCAGUUGUGAUCUGUGCGUGUUUUUUUAUGUGUGAUUGUUUACUGAAAAGUGCUGUUUUGAAAAGACUGUCACCAAUUAUUUUCAUUGCCUUCUCAAGUCACCAUAUAAGAGAUGCAACAAGAAGAGGUUUAUGGUUCUCCCCUUUUGGAUCUACAAUACCAAUACCCUAUAAACUUUAUAUUUCAUUGAACUGUGUGAUACCUUUGGUGACAUUUCCUACUAAACCAUUUCACUCAGGCGACUUCAGUUCAAUAUACAGUUCUCAUCGCAUAAUAAUUGAUCAAUCAGGAAAACUGAUGGUGCUGAAUAAAGACUAGAUUUUCAUAAAUGCAACAAUGUUGAUUUCAAAGAAACACGAUUUCUUAGAGAGUGCUAAAAUGUCAAUUCCUUGUCGUUUACAGCAAGAUCACAAUCCUCCAAGCAAUAGCAGGGAGAUGAGAAAUAAAGCAGAGAAACUCAGACGUGACAAACUCAAUUCAUACAUUGGAGAACUUGCUAAGAUGGUACCAACAGUUGCCAAAAGUCCGAAGAGAAUGGACAAAACUAGCAUUCUGAGGCUGAGUGCUGCACAUCUGCGCGUUUACCAUACUUUGAUGAAUGGUAAGAUUAAAUUACAGAUACAAAUGCCAAAAGAGGUAGACCAAGGUAUGCUGGAACAAAUAGUAUACAAUGAAUUAGGUGGUUUUAUGAUGAUAUUAGAUGCAAAUGCAAAGAUAAUGUUUGUUUCCCCUACUGUUGAAAAUUUACUGGGAUAUCUGCAGACAGAUCUUAUGGGUCAGUCAAUUUACAAUGUGACACUACAAUUAGACCAUGAUAUUUUAAGGAAACAUUUGGUUGUUGGUAAUAGUAUAGAUAAUAACUCUAACAGAGAUUAUUUUAUGAUUUCCUUAAAGCGGGCUGGACCUAGAUCUGAAAUGCCAGUUUAUGAAAGAGUAAGAGUAAUGAGUGUAUUCAAAUCCAUUUCAUACUCUUAUGACGUCGAUGAACAUCCAUCAACAUCAGUAGGAGUACCUUUGACCCAAAUAGGUUCAGACAUUUGGCUGCUUUUCAUGAGGACAAAUAGACCAGAAAAAAUUCCAUUAAGAAUGAUGGAAUCUUCAAAGGAUGAGUAUUAUACUAGACAUUUGGUAGAUGGUCGUAUUGUAUGCUGUGACCAGAGGAUUUCUUUAAUUGCUGGAUAUUUCACUGAUGAAGUUUUUGGAAUAUCAGCUUUUAAGUUUAUGCAUAUAGAUGAUGUCCGUUGGGUCAUAAUUGCCUUAAGACAGAUGUAUGAUCGAGGUGAAACGAAGGGUAGUUCCUGCUACAGAUUGCUGUCUAGGAACAGCAAGUAUAUUUACCUGAAAACUUCUGGUUUUUUGGAAUACGAUUCACAUGGCACUGUUGAAAGUUUCCUCUGUUAUAACAGUUUGGUGGAAGAAGAUGAAGGUGAAAGAUUAAUUGAAGAAAUGAAACGUAGAUAUUCAGCUUAUGUCAAUACUAAUUAUUUGAUUCCGGGGAGUCCUAAUACCCCUAUUGGAGCAGAAACUUUAGAGGAACCUUUGAAUAUAGAGCAAGCUGUCAAGCAUCUAAUUAUGAACUUACCAUCAUCCCCUUGCUCAAUUCCAAGUCCAAAAUUGCUCUAUUUUGACGAGAAAGAAGACUGUGAUGCCAAACUGACUGAAAUUUCAACGGAAAAUAAAAUAAUCCCUAAGACUGUUCUGAAGAGACCGCCCAGCACCAACUUGGAUGCUAAUAUUUCCUUCAAACGUCUGAAGAAUUCAUCUUACCCUGUAAACAAUGUCAACUUAAACUUUAUUGGAACCAGGAUGGGGGAUACAAU